ACUCAGUGCUGGAGGAGGGAGGACCUCACCUGUUGUACCGCAGAGCUCUGUUGGAAUAAAGGCUCUGUUCACUUUUAAUUCGCCUGUUUUCUGUGAGAGCUCGGCGGAGGAUUACCUUCAGGAUGACAGACACGCUCCUACCAAACGGCAUCAAGGACAGCGGAGGAGACAGCGCUUACUUCAGAAAGGGCUGCAACCCAUUCGCACAGACCGGACGAAGCAAACUGCAGAAUAAGCGAGCCAGUCUGAACCAACAGAUCAUCAAGCAGAUGAGAAUGAGGGCUGGAGCUGAGAAUUUGCUGAAGGCUACAUCCAACAACAAGGUUAAAGAAAUGGUUCUUCUGGAGCUGAGCUAUGUUAACUCCAACCUGCAGCUACUCAUGGGACAGCUGGAAGGACUCAACAGUUCAGUAGAGGUCUACCAGAACACCCAGGAAACAGCAAACAUUCCCCUCAUUGCGCUUGGUCUGAAGGAGACAAAAGAGGUGGACUUCUCGACUCCAUUCAAGGACUUUAUCUUGGAGCACUACAGUGAAGAUGGAAAGAGUUUUGAGGAUGAGAUUGCUGACCUGAUGGACCUGCGACAGGCAUGCAGAACGCCAAGUCGAAAUGAGGCUGGGGUGGAGCUGCUUGCAAAAUACUACAGUCAUCUCCCACUGAUCGAGAGCCGAUUCUUCUCCCCAACCCACCAGACCGGGAUCUUCUUCACUUGGUAUGACUCCUUCACAGGAGUGCCAGUAUGCCAACAGAACCUGUCACUUGAGAAGGCCAGCAUCCUUUUCAACAUGGCCGCCCUCUACUCUCAGAUUGGCACCCGAAGUGACCGACAGACAAUAUCAGGCCUGGAGGAGGCUAUAUCUUCCUUCCAGAAAGCUGCAGGUAUACUGAACCACCUUAAGGAGACUUUCACCCACACUCCCAGCUACGACAUGAGUCCAGCCAUGCUCAGUAUGCUGAUUCGAAUGAUGCUUGCUCAGGCUCAGGAGUGUCUGUUUGAGAAGACCGCUUUGCCUGGAAUCCGAAACCAGUUCUACUCCCUGAUGAAAAUGGCCCAAGAGGCUGCAAAGGUCUCAGAAAUCUACGACCAAGUCCAUCAGUCCAUGAUCCAGACCCCAAUCAAAGACAAUGUCCCGUUGUUCUGGUCCACCAUGUCACAAGUCAAAGCCAACCACUACCGCUCCAUGGCACACUACUUUGUAGCCUCUGCACUGCUGGACCAUCAGUUGAGUCCCAGUGACGAUGAGGACCAGCAGGAGAAGACCUUGUCACAGGUGUAUGACCGGCUCCCUGAAGGACGCUCUCCUCUGGACAUCCUGAAGAAGAAAGAUGAACGUGAACGCAUUGGUAAAGCUCACAUUCGUCGGGCCAUCUUGGGUCACGAGGAGGCUCUGAGGAUUUAUAGUUUGUGCCACAACUUGACCGAGCUGGAGGUUCUGCAGGACAUUUUAAAAGCCAGUCACCAGCGCUCGCUCAACAAAUUCAGUGAACAUGAAAAUGAGGAAGAGUUCACUGACUACAUGGAGGCCCCAGACAUCAUCUCUAAAACAGAGCACAAAGCAGAGAUGGAAGUUCCUGCAACUACAAAGGUGAAAGUGAUCGACUUUUUCCAGAGGCUGGGCCCGCUGUCAGUGUUCUCAGCCAAGCAGCGGUGGACAGCCCCACGGACAAUACAGCUUCGCCCUCAAGACAGAGACCUGGGUUUCACCCUGAAAGGAGAGUCACCAGUCCAGGUGGUUUCAUUGGACCCCCUCUGUCCAGCUGCUGCUGAUGGGCUAAAAGAGGGGGAUUACAUUGUCACUGUGGGUGACACAGAAUGCAAAUGGAUGGGUGUGAGUGAGGUGAUGCGACUUCUUAAGGAUGUGGACGAGGAGGGAAUUGAGAUCCAGGUGGUCAGCAUGAUGGACACCAACCCUCCAAUGCCUACAAAGAGUGCGACCUUCUGUGGAAACCUACCGAAGACCUACUCCAUGAUUUGUCUGGCCUAUGAUGAUGAUGACAAGAAUCCCAAGUCCCGCAAAGUAACCAAGAAGUCAUCCUUCCUCAGCUGGGGUCUGAAGAACAAGUUGAAGAGCGCCAGCACCCUCAGCCUCCCCACAGCAGACCACUCUGGCACUCUACCAUGGAACAAACCCUGUCCCACCUUCCCCAGCUCCAGCUCCUACAACGACAGCGCGCUCUAUUGAGCUCACUGCUGGCCUUUUACUGUGUCCAAAUGUCAUGCAGUACCCAUAAUAAGCCUAACACGGUUAUAUACAGUACUGUGCUGUCCCCAUACUGAACCUGCUAUGGUACGGUGUCAGUGCCCUUUGGUGUUUCCACUGGAAUAUUGAGCAGUAGUGUGUGCAGCUUGUAGGGCACCUCUGUGUUGGUAACAUUACUGCCAGCUACUUUGGAAAGUGGCUCUCCCAAAUACUGUGUAUGGGUGUUUAUGUCAGUACAUGGGUACCUUCCCAGCAUAGUUCUCUAUUUGAAGGAAGCUGUACUGUACAUCAAACAUAAUGGAAAAUCCUUCAGUACCAUGCCAGUAUGUGUACAGCACAGUACAGCUGCACUGUGGGAAAACAUACCAGUUAUUAUUCCUCUCUCUCUCUCUAUACAUAUAUACAUUUGCACACAGCACUGAGACAGGCUCCUAAGUUAAACAUCUCGUCAUCUCAGUAUUUUUUCUAGAAGAAACGCUCCACACCAACUGAAGGAAGAAAACAAAAUUGCACAAACACACCCAGCACCAGUUUCUACUUAACUGCAAAGCACUGAUUAUUUUGUGCAGUCCCUUCUUUGCUCCAUUGUGUACUGACGUAGCUGUGCACAGGGCUGUUAUCUUCUAUGUGCAUCCUGAAUACAUACUGUCAUACUGUAUAUGUGAAGGAUUCUGUCAUUGCCACAAUAUUUGUUACUCUCAGUGGACACUGAUCAGUUUUGAGGUUCAAAAUGCAUACAUUUUCUAAACAGACAUGUUGAGUUAAUAAAUCUUGUUGCUGUAUGUUAAACAGUGAUUGAGGGAAAACAAAUUUGGCAGUGGAGUUGUUUUUCAUGUCUGGGGAUAAAUGAUGAAUGCAAUGUUCUAUAAGCUGCUAAAAAAAAAAAAUUGUGUGUGUGUAUGUGUGUGUGUGUAUAUAUAUAUAUAUAUACACACACACACACACACACACACCUUGUUAAGGUAAUACUGUUAUUUUGUGUUUAUGAGAGAGCCUUUGAGGAUAUUGUCUCUGUUUAGUGCCAUGUCUGGGACACAGUGUAAAUGGAAAUAUUGGUAUUUUAGGUUUACUUAAUGUCCCAGCUAUGCCGCAAACCAAUAUGCCUGCAUGUCCCAGAAUGUACCAGUUACCAUUUUGAUUUAUCUUACCUACUUCUGGCCCAUCUGUCCAUUUGUAAAAGGAGCAUGAGCUGUGUGUCUGUUAUUGUGAAUCUUAAUGUAGUUAAAGGCUAUUUUGUCUCUACAAGGGAAGAAUAUGGGCAGACUGAUGACAUGUCUACAUUGUACUUGGACAGCCCGUCACCCAACAGUGACUUUGAUCAAAGCCCACUGUCAGGUUUCUACUUUUUGUCUCUAGCUGUCUUAAUACUAGCCACACCUUACAUUUUACUGACACUUUGCAGUGUUGGACUAUCUCUUUAUCUACAAAGUAGAUUCUCAUACACAUUUGAUAAUCAAAUUAUUUAUGUAAUAAAAAAAUACAAAAAUAUAUAUAUUUACCUGUAAGUUGUAGCUUUUAGAACAAGUUGGUCAAGUUGUGAGUUUUUGCACGCUGGAUUUCUUGGUUGGUUUCUUGAAGGAAUGAAUUUUACUAGCCUUGUUUAAUCUUUUGGUGGACAUAUAUUCUGCUAUAUUUUCUAUGUAAAGAUAUUUUAAAUUGGAUUUUUUUUUAAACAGCAACACUGAGAAGACUCUGUUUACCGAAUAUAGUGCCAUUUAUGCUAUGUCAUGAAGGAAAAUGUCAAGUUAUGUGUAUAGCAAGACUGUGCAGUGAAUGCUUCAUAUUGUGCUAACUAAAUGUAGGCAUAUAUACUUAAACAGAGGAUAUUAACUGAACACAUCUUUGUGUGUACAUGAACAGUGCCUAGUGAUCCUAAAUGCCUUGUUGUGUAUGUAGAGGAUUGUGGUACCUGUUCUUCUCAAGCUUUUAGGUUGCCAUUGCUCCUUUCUCUGUAAUUUUUGUUGCAUAGCUGCUUUGUUGAUAAGUCUUUGUGUCAAUGUGUAAACUUAAAUAUCAAUAAAGGAGUAUAAAAACAA